GCCCGGGCUUAGUAAAGUUCGGUCGUAGAAAUCAAAUUUGCCUGCACGAGUAUUUGCUAAACAGUUUCUUUAAUAUUUAUUGAAAUGUCUCAUAAUAAUUUGAAGUCCGUAGGACAUGGAUAUUGUGAAGCUAUUUUUUCAACUGCGCCGAUCAACUCUAACAAGGAAAAUACUGUUCCUGCGUUAAAAAGUAGAAAAAAUUUAUGUUCAUCCUUGUCCAAUGAACCAUUUGUUCCAACCAAAAGUCAAAACACUAGUAAAAAGGCACAAUGUCCCAUGCAAAAAGCACCAUUAAAACACGAAAUGACAGAGAUCACAGGAUUUUCAAAUAAGUCAUCUAAUAUAGAAGUAUCCUGUUCCAAAUCUACUAAUACAGCGAAGCAAGAAAAUACAGCCUGCAAUAAUGUUGUAUCCAAUGAAAAAUUGAAGACUCCUGUCAGAACAAAGCACACAAGUGGCUUGUUUAAUGAUAAGACAUCAGUUGUACAGUUUUGUACAUCUAAACAUAAGACAACAAAUACACCUAACACUAAUACAAAAUUCAGUAUUUUACCAGCUACAAGGACACCUGUAAAACGUUAUUUUACUGAUCAAAUUUUAUCACGAAGUACACCUGAUUGUUUCAAUACAGUUCAUAUGGAAACACCAGGUACCAAAAUUGAUGAUAUAGUGGUAGCAGAACAAACAAUGUAUGAAGGUGAAAACAGUAAUCUUACUGUGGGGAUACGCAUAAGGCCUUUGAAUUCCAAGGAGUUGAAUGACCCAAAAAUUACAUCAGUUGUGCAAGUAAACGGCCAGAAUGUCUUAGUGGAAUGUGAGUCAGCCCAUCAUACUUUUAUGUAUGAUCACUGCUUUAUUUCGUACCCUGAUGUACACACACCUGGUCACACCAAUCAGGAAUUUGUGUUUCACAAUAUGGUGUUACCAUUAGUGCAAAAUGCUUUCGAAGGUUACAAUGUUUGUUUGUUCGCUUAUGGACAGACAGGAUCUGGAAAAAGUUACAGCUUAAUGGGCACAGAAUCCGCACAGUUCGGCACGAUGCCGUUUGACGAGAAAGUCGGUAUUAUACCAAGAUUUUGUCAGGAAAUAUUUAUGCGAGCAUGUAACAAUGUGCAAAUUGAGACCACUGUAGAGAUUAGUUAUUUCGAGAUAUACAAUGAAAAGAUACACGAUCUCCUAGCGAGCACGAGUAACGGAUCGAAAAAGGCUCCUCUUAAAGUGAGGGAACAUCCUGUUUUCGGCCCCUAUGUCGUAGAUUUAAGUCAACACUGUGUGCAAAAUUAUAAGGAUUUGCAGGCUUGGCUUAAAGUGGGAAACUCUCAGAGAGCGACAGCUGCAACUGGUAUGAACGAGAAAAGCUCACGAUCUCACAGUAUUUUCAGUAUUAUAUUAACACAAACACAGUCGGAUAACCAGUUGGAUUGUAAGUCACUCGAUGCCAAUCGUCGUAGCAAAAUCAACUUGGUCGACUUAGCUGGCAGCGAGAGAUUGAGUCAAACUUCUGCAACUGGUGAUAGGUUGAGGGAAGGUGUAUCUAUUAAUAAAUCUUUGCUCACCUUGGGGAAAGUUAUCGCAUCAUUGACGGAGAAUAUGAACAAUCGUAAGCAGGGUUUUGUGCCGUAUCGUGAGUCAGUACUGACAUGGCUACUAAAGGAGAGUCUGGGAGGAAAUUCGCGAACGGCGAUGCUCGGAACGAUAUCACCAGCCAAUAUCCACGUAGAAGAGACUUUAGCGACUCUUCGAUACGCAUGCCAAGCUAGAGCAAUAGUCAAUAGAAUUCGUAUCAACGAAGAUCCACAUGAUCGAUUAAUACGCGAAUUGAAAGCUGAAGUUCUACGGUUACGUGGAGUACGCGAAGGAUACGAGAAGCAACUUGGAAUUAUACCUCGUCGACUGCUCGAUUGCAUCGAACCGAUUCACCAGUCUGACAGCGAAGUUCAACGAAAGCAAAAAGAGAUCGAUAAAUUGAAGGAUCAGUUGAAGAAAACGGAGGAACAGCUGGCUACGACUCAGAUGAGUUGGCGCGAAAAAUUCCAGAAAGCCGAGGAGAAGAAGAGCACGGAGUUGAAAUACUUACGUCGUUGUGGAAUUGCUAUCGAGAUCGAUUUUCAUGAGCGAGAUAAACAUCCUUGUCUCGUAAACCUUGCGGCCGAUCCUAUGUUGUCUGGCACACUUUUGUAUGUUUUACCUCCAGGUCUGGUCAAUGUCGGUAGGAAUAGUGGACCGGAAACUCCCCGCAGAAAAUUGGAUAUCAUGUUGGACGGGCCUCUCGUUAGGGAGCUGCACUGCUCCAUCGAAAAUAAUGAUGGAAAAUUAGUCUUGACGCCCGAGAUGGACGGUGAUACAUACGUCAAUGGUCAGAUAGUAACUGGAAAAGUCAUACUUAAACACGGUGAUCGCUUAGUUAUCGGCGGUAAUCAUUAUUUUAAAGUUCUAAACCCGUACGACGAACCAUGCAACGUUCAGCUUUCCGCACAGGCAAUAGACUUUGAAUUUGCACAUCAGGAAAUUCUUCGAAUACAAGAAGAGAAAUUAAGAGCAGAACUAGAAGAAUCGAAACAAAAAGCGAUAAAGGAGCUGGAAAACGCCAAGCGGGAAGUGGAAUUGCAGCUUGGCUCGCAAAAAUCAACGUAUGAACGUAAGAUUGAAGUCCUUGGCUCGACUUUAGAGGAGCAAAAGCACGUGCUCGAACAGAUUAAUAAAAGAAAAAAAGAAUUGGAAUUAGAGAAAGAACUACUCGUCACAGAAGUAGAAACAAAUAACAGAAUCAAGAAAAUACAAUUAGAGCAGAGUCACCACACGAAACUAUCACCAUAUAAGUCGAACUUUUUGCAAGAAUUGGAGAAUAUUCUGAACGAGAAAACGGCGGAUAUCGAAAGCGCACUUAAGAUGAAGCUCAGUAAGGAUGCUAUGAACGCCGGUGGAGUUAGUUUGCACGAAAUGCAAAUACUUGUCAAAGAAGCGACUCAGCGUUGCAAAGAAGUCGGAUUCGGUUUCGAAUUCGAUCAACAACAAAUAAUAGUAAAAAAGAAAUUGCAACCGGUAGUGCGUGUUCGCGAUAAAACACAAACGAUGGAAACAUUUUUGCAACCGAUAGACUUUCUGAAUUGGAUUCAUCGCUUGAGGAACUGUGACAUUGAAGAUUCGAUGAAGGAACUGCGAGAUUUUGAUUGCAACUGGGAACCCUAUAACGAAACAGAAGUUUUCGAGGACUCUUUGAACAGCAGUCGAAUUUCAAUAAAUAUAGCACCUGUGAAGAAGCAGCUGAAUGAGAGUGUUCAUCAAUUUUCUAUGGACGGAUCUAUGUUAGAGGCAACAUUGCAUGAUCAAACAUCUAUCAUAACAUCGCACAAUCAACAGGAUGACAUAAAUGCAUGCCUUACUCAAAUAGAAGUGGCGACGAAAACGUUGAACAAGCUGUGUCAUCAGUACCAAACAUAUAAUACUAAACCGAUUGUCGAGUCUCUAAUUAAAAUGCAGGAUGUUGUCGAAAUUUUAAAAAACGUCUUACAAAAUAAAGACCUUAGUGAGUGCAAAGACAUGAGCACAAUCUCGAUAAGCAGCGCCAAUGACACUGUCAUUAAUAUGACGAAUGACAUAAAAAAUAUCUCCCAGAAGGAAAAUCUAAUCGAAUGCAAAGAAAAAAAUACAAAUUCGGCAGACAACGCCAAUCCGAAUGAGAUAAGUAAAACGAAGGACGAUGUUAAAAGUCAAAAUACAUCGCUGACGAAAUCUAGCUUGCAAAAUAGCACUAUGUUAGAUGCAAAAGUGCACUGUGUUAGAUACCCAAAAAAAGUGAAGUUCGAUAAAACGAGACAUCAGUGAACUUAAAACAAAGAGAAGAUAGUUACUUAGUUUAGUUAUUGUUUUUAAACAUCGCUAUCAAAACACAUUUCGCAAGUAUAUAUAAAACAGUAUCGUAAUAAUAUUAUAACGUACGUAUCAUAUCAUAGAUGUAAGCAGAAUUUUACCAAGCAUUCCAUUAAUUUACACAUUUUAAUGUAUUUUAAAUCGAAAACUGGUAUCUCAUUUCAAUAAGCUUAAUUUUCAAAAUAACAACUGGUAAUUAUGUAAAAGGAACUUUAUGACAGGUCUCGUUUUAUUUAAUAUCAAAAUCUGAGGUCAACAUAAACAAUGUUUUAAAACAUUUCUUAAAACAUGCCUUUGCAUUAUUUUAUAUUUUUGCUUGUUUUAUUUCUUCUUUUUAUUUAGAUUUUAUCAAAAUUCUAUUGGUAAAUUGAUUAAGAGGCUCAGUAGUAAAAAUUUUAGACUAGAAAUGCACACGAUAUACGUUUAGCAGUGAAUUAAAGAAGAAUUCAUAAUAUAAUUUAUAAAAUAUGGAUUGUACAUUGUGUAUGUAAACUCCGUUAACACGGUACAUUAUUUUAACAUUAUUGCACAUGCUAAGUUUCGUUAUGAAUGCAAGAUCUUUAAAUCCUUCAAUUCAAAUGUUAGAACUUAAUUUUUUAUUUUCUAUAGAACCAUAUCAAAUUUAUGUUCACAAGACUGCAAAAUUUGAAUUUUGUAAAGUUAUUUGUAUCUGUGUGUUAUAAGUGACAAUAAAUCUUUAUAGGCCAAAUAAAAAAAUUGACACAUAGUA